UUGACUGACGACAUAAAAUUAAUCGACUUUAGUGAAGUAUAUAAUACCGAAGAUCCUCACGUAGCAGCAGAUUUAAUGAUAAGUCUUAUCAAACAAGCGGUCCAAAAAAACACAAAAACCGUGAAAGUACCAAACCGUAAAAAAAUCAUUAAGCCAUGGAUCACUCCAGGUCUCUUACGCUGUAUCCGACACAGAAACAAUAUGCACAAAAAAUUAAAAAAGUCGCCAGACAAUGAAGUAUUAAAAACAUCUUUUACUAGGUACAGAAAUUAUUGUAAUAAGUUGUUAAAAAAAAUUAAAUUGGAAUAUGAAAAGAAUGAAUUAAAAAAGACUAGUUAUAAUCCUAAAAAACUCUGGGGAGCAAUAAAUAACAUAACAAAUAGGGCAAAAAAGAAAGAAAAUUCAUCCUAUCACUUAUUAACCACAUCAUCCACUCCGGAGCUAUCUGUUAAUUCAGUUAAUGAAUUUUUCGCUAAUAUAGGUAAAAAUCUCGCGGAAAAGAUAUCGGAUGGACUUACAGAGUCAAUAAAAAAAGCUUUUAACAACAACAAUAACAACAACUCGCACUCCAUGGUAUUGUUACCAACGGAUGAGGACGAGGUUGCAAGAUUAAUAUUAUCUCUCCGUAAUGAAUGUGCUGUGGGUUGGGAUGGAAUACCCUCUAAUCUCCUUAAAAGGCAUAUUAAUGUAGUUGUCCCACCCCUGACAUAUAUCUGCAAUCUGGCUCUCACAACCGGAAAAUUUCCUAAAGCUUUUAAAAAAUCGAUCAUACACCCGAUUUAUAAGGGUGGGGACAGAGACCAUGUCAAUAAUUAUAGACCUAUAGCUGUGCUGCCUGCCUUGUCCAAAAUACUCGAACGCAUAAUAAACAACAGGCUCGUAAACUACUUGGAAAAACAUAACUUUCUUUCGCCCUCACAAUAUGGUUUUAGGUCAGGUAAAUCUAGCUCGGAUGCCAUUCAUGACCUUACUAAUUAUAUUGUUACAAACUUGGACAAUGGGCAGAAGGUUCUUGGCAUAUUUCUAGAUCUCGCCAAAGCUUUCGACACGGUUUCUGUACCCAUACUUUUACGUAAGAUGGAGAGCUUGGGAAUUAGAGGUAUACAACUGCAACUUUUUGAAGACUACUUGAGUGGACGUACUCAUCACUCAUGUUCCAACUCACUUAAUAACGCCGAUACCUGCAUCAAACUAUGUCAAGCUGAAAAAGUAAAAUAUCUAGGAGUAAUAAUUGAUAGCACUCUACGUUUUCAUGAACACAUUAAUACCCUUAAUAGCAGGUUGCGUAAACUUAUAUAUGUUUUUAAAACUAUGAGAGAUGUGGCUGACGAGAAACUAAAGAAAUCCGUCUACUUCGCCUUGGCCCAAUCUCUGUUAACAUAUGGUAUUACCUCCUGGGGCGGUGCUCCAAAAACUAAAAUGCUUCAAUUGGUGAGAACGCAGAGAGCCAUCUUAAAGGUCUCUUUUUCACUGCCGUAUCGCUAUCCUACAGAGCUCCUAUAUAAAGAGUUGAAAAUUUUAACUGUGCGGCAACUGUUUAUACGAAGUACCUUACUAAAACAACAUGCUUUAUUAAAAUACAACCCCUCACUCUCCCGAGAUAAAAGGCGUUUUAACCCCGUGGACCGCUAUCAUAUAACUCUAUCCACCAAAUUAUCUAAACGUUUCUUUUGUCACCAUGGAGGUUUCUUAUACAAUAAAAUCAAUAAAAUUAUCCCUAUAUUUAACCUUAACAAAACUAUAUGCAAAAAGAAAAUAACUAUCUGGUUCCAAGAACUAAAUUAUUAUGACACUGAACAACUACUUACUAAUUCUAUCUAA